AUGGAACUAAUGAGUUCCCUGUUGUUGUUCGCUCUUGUAGUGUACUUUCCACAAGCAUUGGGAGAUAGUUUGCCAGAUUCAGGAGCAAAACUCAAGCUAAACGAUACAAAAGUAUCUCACCAACGUCUACAAAACAAAAAGUUACACCAUAACCUUCAUGAUUCACCUGCAAUCAACGCAUCAUCUGAACUUCAAUCGCUUUUUAUGGACCCCCGAUGUAAGAAAUGCAUCGAUUGUAUGGGACGCGCUGUACAUAAAUAUAAAGCACAUGCAGAACUGAAAAAGAAAACAGUGAAUACUGAAUUAAGAGAAGAAUUGUUAUCAAACAAAUUUGAAUUUAAGAAUCGUAUAAAAAGAGAAGAUGAUAUAACGACGACGAUUACUUCAGCCUUACCAAAAAAGACCAAAUCAAAAAAGAAGUCUACCAAAUCCGUUACCGUAACAAAAUAUAACAUUGACGGUGAAGUAUAUGGUUUAAAAGUAAAAGAGACCAAAGCUCACACUGUAGACCAAAGUGAUAAUGAAUCGUCAAUGUGUCGUAUAUACAGUGUAAAGAAAUCUUACGAUUGCGAUACACCUGAAAGUGAAUCAUUUUUAGCUUCAAAGAGGAAAGUAAAUAAGAAAAACAAGAAGGAAAAAGAAAAAUCAACCACAUUAAGCACAACACCGCAGGCUUACUUUAGUUCACCGUCUUAUAGAAAACGACAUAUUGAUCCAUCAGAAAUGCCAGAGAACAUCGAAUUAUCUAUGGAAGAUGUAUACUAA